UUACCGCAGAAAAAGAGGGCGAAGCGUUCUGCGGACAGCGAUAUGGCUAUUUGAUUCAGGCCCUUAAUAACAACAACGGCAUAAAUACGAGGCGACACUUCAAAAGAGAUCACCUCCCACAUCCCACAUCCCUCACAGGACAGGAGAUCUCAGGUUCAGGAACCAGCAAGCUAGAGUCACGAAAAGACGAGGAGGCUGGAGAACGAGCGAAAUCAAUUACACGCUCACCGAUGCAUGCUGCCAAGUCCUGCAAGCUAGUCCUGGGCAAGCAUGCUGCUCCGAUAUCCUGGGACAGCCAGCUGGCCUCGUUCAUGAUCCGCCUGCUCUGCCAGCAACACCACCCACUCCACCGACCUCAUUCCACAUUCGCACGAAUACCCAGUCGCACCGGAUUACAUUCUUCCCGACGUCUAUACAGUACGGCCGCAGGAAUCUCAGCCGAUCAGGAUAGUUCGUCACAGCCCUCAAAGACCCCCCAAGCACCCCAGGAGCGAUCGACUCCGCCGCGGUUAACCAUCGGCAGUUUCCUCGCACCACCAGGCACGGAGAAACACUACAAUCCACACGAGACGAUCGCAGACAGCUUUAGCAGCAGGCAUGAUCGGAUAGCCGCGGACAGCGACAAGUCAACAGCAAAGGUCGACCCUAUUCCGCCCUGGCAGAUGAUGGACAAAGCCAUUCUUUCAAAGAACGCCAAGCACGUCUGGCACACCUACACGAAGCUCAAUGGCACCUUGGACAGCAGCACAUCGCCGCCACGGCCCUUUCGAUUUGCAGUCUACUACGACAUGGUGCGCUGCUUCCAUAGGUCAAAGUCAACAGACACGGCCAAGUGGGCACUAAAGGUCUACGAGGACAUGAAGAAGUACUAUUCGCCCAACCAGGGGAUUCUCAACAUGAUGCUGGACAUUAUGGUCCGAUAUGGAAACAUCAAUCGGGCGAUCGACUCUUUUAACCAAGAUAUUUACACCUACGGACUCGUGCCCAUGAAGAACAGCUACAAUAUCAUGAUACGCGGAUUAGGUGCCAAUGGUCGGAUCAAGGAGGCCGAACAAAUAUUUGAGGAUAUGCGAAAGGGUAUCAUCUAUGACCGGCGGCCCGAUGUCACAACCUAUUCGACAAUGAUCAGCCAGUAUAUCAAGAAUGGGAUGCAGAGUGAGGCAGAUCGGCUUCUCGACGACAUGCUCGUGAAUGGCGUUCAACCCAACAUGUAUAUCUUCAACUUGGUUGUCAAGCGGUUUGUCAAGCAGAGGGACUUUACAGGCGCGCGGAAGGUCAUGACGCUGAUGAAGGAAUCAAACAUGAAGCCGGAUUCUGUUACUUAUUCGACCUUGAUCGACGGAUAUGCACAGGACGGUAACGAGGAGGCGAUUGCACAGAUUCAGACGGAGAUGGCGCUCAACAAGGUAUACCCGAGUGCGCAGAUAAUCACCAGUACGAUCAAGGUCUUUGCCCGAACGGGCCAAGAUGAGGACGUUGACGUCAGCCUGGAGGCCAUUCUAAAAUCGCUGCCAGCCGGGGAGAUGAACGAUCUUACAUUUGGAGUGCUGAUGAACGUGUAUGGAAAGCGCAUGGACCUGGAUGCGGCCAGGGGUAUCUACCAGCAUAUGAUUUCCAAGGGACGGCAAGUAAACGAGGUCAUUGUGAGCUCACUUCUGGACGGAUACGUGCGCGCUAAUGAGAUUCCGACCGCCAACAAGAUCUUUCACGACCAUUUUACUGCCCAAGAUAUUCGACCGACAAGCGCCUGGCCCUACAGCAUCUUGAUCACCGGCUGCUGCAAGCGGAACAAUCUGCACGAUGCAUUGCACUAUUACCACCAGAUGAACAGCUUUCGGAUCGACCCCGACGCCACCAUUUGCAGCCGACUGAUCCAGCUCUACCUCGAGCACCACCAGCUCGACAAUGCCCAACAGAUGCUGCGAGUGAUGCGAAGCUCCAGGAUGGAGGUCUCGGUUCAUACCUACACCAUGUUGAUAGACUACAUGUCGAGUAUCAUGGAUCAUCGAGGCGCCUUGCGAUACUAUCAGGAGAUGCUGGAUGCAGGGAUCAAACCAGAUGUGCACUGCUACACGGUUCUCAUCAAUGCCCAUAUGCGCGCAGGAAAAUAUGCGGCAUGCGACCUCACUUACGACCAAAUGAUCAAAACUGGCGUGCAACCGACGAUCAAGACACUCACCUCGAUGGUCAACAUCCAUUCGAUCCAGGAUAAUGUGGAGAAGGUCAAGGAGUACUGGGGCGCCAUGCUGGACAUGGGAUUGUUGCCAGAUAUCAUAUCGUUCACGGUCUUGAUGCGCACCUAUGGUCAACAGGGCAACGUCGAGAUGGUCGAGUUCAUCUACAAGGAGAUCAACCGCAGGAAUCUCAAGGUCGAUGCCAUCACCCUCACAACCCUCAUCAGUGCCUAUAGUUCACUACCAAACUUAAAUGUCGGACGGAUCGACGAGAUCUCGGGUGUCAUGGAGGAUCUAGAGCUGGAGCCGACGCCGGAUUACUUUCAGGUGCUUUUGGAUGCAUAUGGCGGUCAUGGUAUGCCCGACCGGGUGAUCAAAACGUGGCGUCAGAUGCAGAGCCUAGAGAAGCCCUUGAACUGGGUGCCGUCGACGACCAAUCUGCUCCAUCUGAUUGAGGCCUGCCGAGAGCGAGGAUAUAUCGACAUUUUAAACUCUAUAUGGCACGCGGCAACCAGGAGCCCCAUUCGACCUGAUCGAGUGGAACCAGACUCGGGCCCAUCAUCGUCAAUGGAUCCACCUGUCCAGGCAUCACCGCUCCCUAGCAAGGUCAUCAUGCUGAAGCCGGCACCGGAGGUCUUUACGGCAUAUCUGAAUGCGCUGCUGACACAUAACCGGUUCAGAGAGAUCGAGGAUUUGUUGAAAGAAGGGUGUCGCGAGAUGAGACUGACUCCAAGGACAGAAGAUUUUGAGCUGCUGUUCACAGGACUGGCACAGUACGAUUUUCUGGAGAAGGAGCUGGAGAGUGUUCGGCGGAUUGCUGUACAACAAUGGCCUAGAGUCGAGGCCUUGGUGGAUAAGGUUGUCCUGAACACGCGAAGGCUUUGAGAUCGACCGAUGUGCGGAGGAAAAAAAAAUAAAUGAAUUAGGG